UGCUACCAUCACAGCCAAUUGUCUGGAUGAAAAGCAGGCUCUGCCUCACUUACCGGUGUGUGUGUUAGCUUGUGGCUGAACAGCAGGUUCAGGAUCAGAGUUUCUGAUCAGCUCUGUGGGUUCAGGUCAGAGCAGGGCAACUGGUGGAUUUGUUGAGAUAGAGGAAGAGAGAGAGGGAGAGGAGAGAGCAGUGUCUGCUACCAGGAAAACUCCUGCCGUUGUAUCACUGGGAAACCCGCGAGCAGAUGUGAUGGUGGAGUGAUGCAGACACUGGACACAGAGGCAGAUUAUCAGACACUGCACUGAACAGUACAACUGUUUCCCUGGUCUGUGUACCUGUGUUCUCAUGCAACCAGCAGAGUAGACGCUUGUUGAUGCCCUGAAAAGAUGGUGGGACUGAGAAACUGCUCUACAUGGGAACCUUUGCUACUCAAGGCCUCCUGCAUCAAGUCCUGUGCCAAUGGCUGCUCCCUGGGCAUCACCGCACAGCUUACCUAUGCUAAUGCUGACAUAGAGUCUGUAGAAGGUGUGUUUGUGUACCCUCUCGGGGAAAAGGAGGUUGUGGUGGGCUUCGAGGCUGUGAUUGCGGGCAGGUUAGUGGGGGUCCAGAUCCAGAGCCGAGGGAAGCUGAAGGACUGCUGUUUAGAUUGCUGCCCUGGAUCUGGUCUUGAAGGCCACUGUGCGAAUGGCCGAGAGUGGGGCUGCUGCGGGAACUCCAACCUCGACAUGCAAUGCACCAACGGACAUCUCAUCCUGGACGAAGACCUUGAAAGAACCACCUUCAUCGUGGGCACAGGCCUCAUUGGCCCCAUGGAUAUAGUGUCCGUUAUCAUCAGCACCACACUAGAACUCCCCACAUUAGAAAACGGAGCAAUCCGCAUUGUCUACCCCACAUUGCUUACCCCGAUUGUCACUGGCCAGAUGACUCCGAGCAAGAGUGAAAAUGGGGGAAAAUCUGAAGAAACAGGACCAACCAGCUGUUUUGGUGCCACCUCAGGAAAACAGGACCGGGCCUUGGACUCUGAGCAGCAGUGUGCCCAUGCCAUCUUCACCAGUCCAGCUGCUAACCUGGCACCUUACGAACUCAACUUCCAACUGCUGGUCAGAGGGGCCUGCCUUUUGGCUGGGCUGGAGAGCCCCACUCAUGCUCUGAGGGCAGAUGCAGACCCCAGCGCCCAAAGUGCCUCCGCGACCUACAUCACCUUGGCACAGGAGCAUCCGUAUGACAGACACAUAGAGAUCAUUCUGCACCUCAGUGAACCUCACAGCCCAUUGGUCAUAUUAGAGAGAGGCAGGCUCUCAUUCAGCCAGUAUGAACAGCAGAUCUGUGCCCGCCGUGAUUACAUUCGCUGCACUCGCAAAGAUUCAGAGCCUGAGAGGAAGUUGGAGUUUGUGAGGAAGCGAUACCACAAGGACAUCCUGAGCAGCCCCGUCUUGAUGCUCAAUUUCUGUCCCGACCUGCUGAGCGAACCUCUGGAGCUGCAAAAAGCCACCAGAGAACUGCUGUUCCUUGUCGAUCGCAGCGGCAGCAUGAGUGGCACCAACAUCCAUCGUGUAAAGGAUGCCAUGGUGGUGGCACUGAAGAGUCUGCCCUCUGUCACCAUGCUCAACAUCGUGGGCUUCGGCACCACCAUCAAGCCUCUGUUCACCUCCAGCAAGCUCUGCACUGAUGCUACUCUAAUGCAGGCCUACGAAUACAUCCAGAGGAUGAGAGCCGACAUGCGGGGCACUAACCUGCUGGGGGCGCUGUCCUGGGUGUACCAGCAGCCCAUGCAACGCUCAUAUCCACGCCAGGUCUUCAUCAUCACAGAUGGAUCCAUCAGCAACGUGGCUAAAGUGCUGGAGAUGGUCCGCAGAAACACAUGCGCUGGCAGAUGCUUUGGCCUGGGCCUUGGUCCCCGAGCCUGCAGGAGACUCCUGCAGGGCGUUGCCAAACUGACAGGAGGGAUGACAGAGUUCUUGGAUGAUGAGGAGAGGCUCCAGCCCAAGUUAAUCAAGUCUCUGAAAAAGGCCUUUGAACCUGUGCUGACUGACGUACGGAUUGACUGGUACCUGCCAGAAAACAUGGAGGCUUUCCUUUCACCCAAUGAGAUCCCCCCGCUCUAUCCUGGGAAUCGUCUAAUCGGAUACUGCACUCUGUUUGAUAUGACGUAUUUCAAAGCAAGAAAGACAGAGUCUCAAGGACGGGGCUAUAAAGGUGUACAUCGUGAUUCCACCGGUUCAGUUUUUGGACAAUCAAAUGACGAGCUCUCACCUCCUCCUCCUUCCGAGUUAAUGCCUGUGGUGACGUCUGCGGAUGGCACCGACUUGGAGGAGGCACUGAGGGAGAUUUCCAGAGAAAUCUCUUCUGAGUUUUCCUGUGCCAGAAACUCAGAUCCAGGAACCAGUCCAGGUGUGGAGCUAGACUGGUCCAGUGACGUGAGGAGGAGGAUCCAGGAGAGCUCAUAUAUCCAGGAGCAGUAUGUCCUUACUCGCUGCUCUCUCAGUAGCGAGCGAAGUCUACAAACACAGUCCCACUCGCACAUACACGCCUCGUCCAACUCUGACUCUACAGGCGGCAUCUAUCUGCCUGACCCCCACUCCCCUGGUUCAGUGCUGGAUACAGGGUCUCUACCCCAAGGCCUUGAAAAGAUGCCCCCACCUGAACAGAGAUCAUCCCUGUCUCGCUGGGCAGAUCCCGCAUGGCAGCAAAACCUCUCUGUGGAAACCUCUGAUAAUGGAGCAGAAAAGAGUGUGCGUCUGGAUGGAGGUGAGGAGUCUCGUAGGAGACAUAAAGCACUGGCCCGUUCAACCAUGGCAGCACGGAGUUUCUCGUCCCCCCAGGGCGAGCUGGAGAUGCAUCGCCUGAGGAGAGCUCUGGAGAGGGUGUCCUUCGACCAAACACUGGGAGGAAGGCUGGAUGAAAGCGACGGGGAGACAAAGCCCCCAUCAAGAGGCACACUGUCCCGCAGAAGCCUCACUGACUCCAAUGGACUCCUGUUCCCCGCCUCUCCUCUGGACUGGGACAGCUUCACAGACCCAGAGUACCUCUUUACUGCUGCUCCAGCAGAGGAUCCUCCACCAGGUCAGUGCCGCUCACUCAUUCACGGUAUGCUGAGCGGCAGGCCUGUGUCCUGGGAGGCCACUGUGGACCUGGGGCACCUCUGGGGCCCUGAGGGCCAGGAGACACCAGAACGUGAGGAAUGUGGGGGAGGGAGAGAAGAAGGAAAAGGAGGGGAACCAUGGGAGGAGAUCAUUCACCAGCUGACUGCGCGCUCAGUUAUCAGGGACUUUGAGAAAAUGGCAGAGAAGGAGAGCGACACUGGACAUGGUUCAGCUAAGCGAUACCGCAUGAAGGCCAUCCAGACCAGUAAGCAUUGUAACAUCAUCUGCAUGUACACAGCCUUCACUACCACUGAUAGCAACUCCAACAAAGGCUUGCCAGACUGUAUGGACGUCCAAAAGACAGGGAUGCAUUUGGGGAACAGGCGGAGUUCCCAGUCAGGCAGUCGCAGGCAGAGGACCUAUUCUGUCGGUCUGGGCAGACGGCGCACCAGCAGAGACAGUGAGGACAUGGAGGACACCUGGAACUCCACAGACAGAGAUGACACCCCUGCCUCACCCUGUAGCCUUACAUCCUGGGACUCUAGGGGCCAUGCGUACUCUGCCACAGCCCCAGCAUUAUCAAGCGCCUCAUGCACUCGUUCACAGCGAUCUAUCGAGAGCAAGUCAAUGGAGAGCUUCUUUGGCACCAGAUUUCCACUGGGCAGACUCAGGUCCUCUAUUUCAUCAGGAAAGCAGGUUCCUCUCAAGUCCCACUGUCUGUCUGCAGAGACUGAGAAACAACCUGAAACUGAAGCUCCAGACUACCUGCCCCUGGUGCGUCUGCAGUUGGCAUCAGGAGCCUUCCUCCUGACGGAGAUCUACUCUGACUGUGUCCAGAUCCCCCUGGACCGUCUGAAAAGGGCUUCACCCUACAGCCUCCACCGGCGCAGCCUCAGCCCACCCUUCCGCUGCACCUCUCCCAGUGCUCCAUCUUUAUCCACCUCUGCCAGGCCUCCCGGUGCACCCACUAGCCACCAUGUUACCUUUUCUCCCUCCUCCUGCUCCCUCAUCAAACCAAACGCCCCUCCUUUCCACCACACUCCAGACGACACUCCCCUGAUGCUGGAACCAAGGCUUCGCCGAAGACACCUGUCUGACCGCGACCCUGUCACCUCACCCCCUGACCUCCCCAGCUCGGAGGAGGGCUCCCUGGAGUUGUCCGUCGGCCUCUCUCAGAGCCAGAGCCACGGCCAGGCAGAUAGCGGCCGUGGAUCAGAGACAGAUGUAUGUGAGGGGUCUUCAGCAGAGCCAGCUGACCUCCAGGGGAGCAGCCAGUUGGCUCAAGAGGACCUGGAGGGCUCGAGUUGGGCCACAGCUGUGGCUCUUGCCUGGUUCGAGCACCGCUGUGCUGGCUACUUCAUGGAGUGGGAGCUGGUGGCGGCAAAAGCAGACUUCUGGCUGCGCUGUCAGGAGCUGCCCGAGGGAGUGGACCUAGCAGGGCUGAAGGGAGCUGCACGACAGCUGUUCCUGCUGCUGCGCCACUGGGACGAGAACAUCAAGCUGAACAUGCUGUGUUACAACCCCAAUAAUAUGUGAGACAGUGACCUCUGAGGAAACUGAGCCAGAUCUACUGAUUAGCAUAAUCACUUGUUAAUAAUGAUAAUGACUCCUAAGAAGCAACGCCUUUACAUGGAAGAGGAAGUCCUGUGUUUUAUCUGCAGGAUCAACUAAUACCAUAACCUAGUGCCAAGUUCAUUCUAAUAUUAAAGGGAUAGUUCAGAUUUUUUGAAGUGGGGUUGUAUGAGAUACUUAUCCAUAUUCAGUGAAUUACACACAAUGGAUGUCUUUCAGCACGCCCCCAGUU